CCACUACCGUGGCUAUGUAACGCGCAUUAAAAAUCAAUUCUUUCUUCACCGCUUUCUUGCUCUUAUUUUUUUCUCUUCCUCCAACUCCAAAUGAAAUGAGCUGGGAACCCAAAGUAGGCGAUGUCAUUUACACGUCUGGUGGCUCGCACAACGAAGAAGUGUGGGACGAUAGCGAGCUAAUUGAGCAUUGGGAAACUGCCAUGGAAGAGUACCGAGUAAGUUCUCUGUUAAACAAGCUACUGUUUUUUAUAUAAUUAAGCAAGAUAUCAUAGGCAUCGCAAGGGAUCACCAACGA